AUCUCAGUUCCUUUUCUUUUUUCUUUUGUUUUAAAUAGAUGCUACCUGUCUUCCUCCUGCCUGGGAUAUGUAUAGUUCAGUUAGAAGGCUCAGAAGCAUGAACUUUGAGGAAAACGCUCCCUGCACAGCAGGAGAACAGCCUGGCAUCACUUUCCCCGGUUUUGAGGAAACCCCGUGUUUCUGGAGCGCUGUGUGUCUGGGGCGGGUGUGGCCGUGGCUCGCUGCCCUGCUAGGCCCUGCAUUGCCGAUGUAGGGACAUCACAGGGUCUGAGGGCCUGAUGCCCCUUCUCGAGGCCCUUGGUAGAGCUGACCCUUUGAAAAUAAUCUGUACACCGUUGAUCUGAGGAAGUAGGAAGAUCCUUGGAGAAUGUGGCAUCUAGAAAAGUAAAUUGUGUUACCAGGAAACCUGAACUUUCAUGCUGCUGUCUUCAGUAGGGGUCUCUGAAAACAGUGCCUGCUCCUUUUCUCUUGUUUACGGUUUCAGGCACAUCACUUCCCCCCAGAAAAUGGUAACUCUGCAAAUUUCAAGGGCAAUGACUUGGCUUUUAAAGGGAGAGACAGUGCUACCUUUUUUUUUUUUUUUUUUUUUUUUUUGGUGCCAAGUUUGGAAUUUGUAUGAGCUAUUUGGAGAAUGUGUGUAAGUUCCAGUGUCCCAGUGUUCCUGAGAAACUUUGUGGUUUACAGUCAGGACCUGAAUGCGGAACCCUGAACUGGGCGUCCUGCUCCUGGAGCUACACUGAGUCCUUGCUGGGAGUACCACGCCAGCCCCUGCACACGAGCGUUCUCUCCCCUAGCCUUGGCCUCGAACCACAGGUUCCUGUUUGAAAGAAGACGCAGCCCCAUGGCCGCCUGCCCUGAGGGGAGCCUCCUGUGGGCUAACCUGGCCUGGCCAGUGUGGCACCCAGCAUCAUGUCUGGGGACAGUGGUCCCCAGCUGCUCGGGCCUCGCCGGGCCCUAGUGCUCUCUCUUCUUCCCCGUCGUAAGUUGCUUCAACAAAAGGAUCUCAUCCCACAAUUUUGUAACCAUCACAAAACACAAACCUACUCAAUUUUGAUCUUUGGAGUCACUCAAUAAUUUUUAACAGCCAGUCAAACCUGCUAUUUAGAUUAAUGCAUUCAGAAGAGUGGCUCAUUUACUGGCUGUUUUCUGAUUUGAAGCGAGUGUUUUGAUGUAGGAAGACAGCGCUUGAGGGACGCCUGCUCUGGGACCCGUGCCCGUGAGGCAGGACGCACCCGGGCUGGCGGUGGCUUCUCCUGUGGGCCGUUCCACUGGCAGUUUCCCCCUCCCGUCGGCCCACCGGUAUUUGCUGAGUGCUUCCUGUUUCAGAUGCCAGGAUCAGUAGUGAGCGCAUCACAUUCUCCAUGGACAUGGGUCACCUGUCCGGGAUGCGGCUUGAGUGUUCCACAGCCUUUGGAUCUGUGGGUACCGGCGUCCUGGAAGGGGUGGUGGGUGGUCGUCUCAACAGCCCUGCGAUGCUUCUGGGACUGAGAAGAGCUGGGCUCCGUCCCCCUCCCUCCCCUGGUACGAGCUUGCAGCCCAGGGUGUGCUGGCCAAGGCCUGGCUCUCCUGCCCCGCCGGCCGGCCACUUACUUUGCUGAGUGGGGACGAGGGUGGGAUGUCUGCCCUUUCUCUCUCUCCCCUCGCCCCCAGCUCAGGGGCUGUGGAGCUGUGGGCGUGCAGGUGGGACAACCCCUAGAUGUUAAGGACACACAUUUCCCUGGGUAACUGGGCAACUUGACGUCGAUUCCCUUUGCCUGUGAUUCCCGUGCUGCUUUGAUUUCUUCCUUGUGCCGUGAAGCUCAUAACAAAUAAGUAAAAAUUCAACCCUGAGGGAAUUUAAUAGUUGAGCCAGUUCAUUCUCUCACUGUUCCGGAGGCUAGAAGUCAGAAAUGAAGGGGUCAGCAGGCUCUGCUCCUUCUGAAGGCUCAGGGGAGAAUCCUUCCUCGUCUCUUUCAGCUUUCGAGAGUUCCCAGCAAUCCUGAGUGAACGCUGGCUUCUGAUGGUGUCCCUCCCAUCUGCCCCCUUUGUCACUUGGCCUCCUCUUCUGUGUGUCCAUCUGCUUUGUGCCUGUGUGUUCUCUCGCCUGGUUGUAAGUCACCAAUCACUGGAUUUAGGACCCGUCCCCAUCGGGUGACUUCAGUGCAGCUUAACCAGUUAUAUCUACAAAGACCCUGUUUCCAAGUAAAGUCACAGUGUGAGUUUCCAGGAAGCCAUGAAUUUUGGGGGACCCUAUUCAACCCACCAUAGGAGAAAAUCAUGCCUUCUCAUUUGCACAACAGCUUUUCCUGACGGUUGGAGGUAGAGAUACAGCCUCCCGCGAGUCAUACAUGGGCUCAACGUCCUUUGUAAGUAUUAAGAUAUUGUUAACCGGUAUCUUGAUUGUUGACCAGGAAAGACUGGCGGUGCCAUCUUGGCUGCUCGGUGCUGUGCGUGUGGCCAUUGCUAGUCUCACAAUGAUAGGAAGGAAUGGACCCGUCUUCAUGAACUUGUGCUGGAAGGGUAGGUGUUUACCCAUCAGCUGUGAGGAGCCUACCACCAGACCAUCUGGGAGGGGGAUACUAACAAAGGGUCCUCAAAGAGCUCAUCGGCAAGAAAGUUGCAAUACUGUGAUUCAUUGAAACAUCUUGAAACAAAUUGAGGCCAGUAAGGAGUGGAGCAUUAAUCAUGUGGAGUGUGUUUCCAUGACAUUUGAUGACUGAAUAGCAAACUAUUCCUCCCACUUGAUUUGGGUUACAGUGCAUCAUCCUCAGUCCGGAGGGCAGCUGCCAUGGGCCGCACCCCGAGGGGGCACCAUACAGUGUGUCGGGGGCACCAUACCGUGUGAUGCUGUCGCGCAGAGGGCCCGGCAUCUACAAAGCAGCUUAUGUUCCCGAGGAAGAACUGAAGGCAGCGGAAAUAGAUGAAGAGAACGUGGAGGAGGACGGGCUGUCCCUGGACAUCCCGGAAAGCGACUACGUGUGCAAUGAGGACCCCGAGAUCAAGGAAGCUCAGAGCUACCAGAACUCCCCCGUCAGCUCCGCGACAAACCAGGACGCCGGCUAUGGGUCGCCCUUCAGCGAGAACAGCGACCAGCUCGUCCACUUCAAAAGCUCUUCCUCCAGAGAGGACAAGGAGGAGCCGCAGGGCCCGGACAGCGUCUCCUACCCCCAGGACAGCUUGGCCCAGAUCAAGGCUGUGUAUGCGAACUUGUUCUCCGAGUCCUGCUGGUCCAGCCUGGCUCUGGAUUUGAAGAAGUCGGGCUCGACCUCCAGCAACAACGAUGCGGGCCAGAAGGAGGGCUCCACCCCUGCCCCCACACCCCCCGCCUGCACGGCGGGCGCCACGGGCACCACGGCCAGCACCCCCAGCUCGGGCUCGGGCUCCGGCAGCGGCGGCGGCGGCGGCGGCUCGGGGUACGACUGGCAUCAGGCCGCGCUGGCCAAGACGCUGCAGCAGACGUCCUCGUACGGGCUGCUCCCCGAGCCCAGCCUCUUCAGCACCGUGCAGCUGUACAGGCAGAACAACAAGCUGUACGGCUCGGUGUUCACGGGCGCCAGCAAGUUCCGCUGCAAGGACUGCAGCGCUGCGUACGACACGCUGGUGGAGCUGACCGUGCACAUGAACGAGACGGGGCACUACCGCGAUGACAACAGGGACAAGGACUCCGAGAAGACCAAGCGGUGGUCCAAGCCCAGGAAGCGCUCGCUGAUGGAGAUGGAAGGCAAGGAGGACGCCCAGAAGGUGCUCAAGUGCAUGUACUGCGGCCACUCCUUCGAGUCCCUGCAGGACCUGAGCGUCCACAUGAUCAAGACAAAGCAUUACCAGAAAGUGCCUCUGAAGGAGCCAGUGCCGGCCAUCACCAAGCUGGUCCCUUCCACCAAGAAGCGCGCCCUGCAGGACCUGGCGUCCCCGUGUUCGCCGGAACCCACGGGGCUUGGUGCCGACGCCGUGCUCAGCGAGGCGGCCAAGGACCAGAAGACCGCCAACCCCUAUGUGACGCCCAACAACCGCUACGGCUACCAGAACGGCGCCAGCUACACCUGGCAGUUCGAGGCCCGCAAGGCACAGAUCCUCAAGUGCAUGGAGUGCGGGAGCUCGCACGACACGCUGCAGCAGCUCACCGCCCACAUGAUGGUCACCGGCCACUUCCUCAAGGUCACCACCUCGGCCUCCAAGAAGGGCAAGCAGCUGGUGCUGGACCCGGUGGUGGAAGAGAAGAUCCAGUCCAUACCCCUGCCCCCCACCACGCACACCCGGCUGCCCGCCGCCCACAUCAAGAAGCAGCCCGACUCCCCUGCGGGCACCACGCCCUCCGAGGACAAGAAGGAGCCCGAGAAGGACAAGGCGCCAGCGGUGGGCGAGGCAGACAAGAAGGUCAAGGAGGAGAGUGAGGACGCCCCCGAGAAGUUCGAGCCCACUGCCCUGUAUCAGUACCUCCGCGAGGAGGACCUGGACGACAGCCCCAAGGGCGGGGUGGACAUCCUCAAGUCCCUGGAGAACACGGUCUCCACGGCCAUCAGCAAAGCGCAGAAUGGUGCGCCCUCGUGGGGCGGCUACCCCAGCAUCCACGCGGCUUACCAGCUGCCCGGCGCCGUGAAGCCGCUGCCCACCGUGCAGAGUGUGCAGGUGCAACCGUCCUAUGCCGGCGGCGUGAAGUCGCUGGCCCCGGAGCACAGCGCGCUGCUGCACUCCCCAGGGAGCCUCACGCCGCCGCCGCACAAGAGCAACGUGUCCGCCAUGGAGGAGCUGGUGGAGAAGGUCACCGGCAAGGUCAGCGUGAAGAAGGAGGAGCGGCCCGCCGCCGACAGGGAGAAGGGCUCCCCGGCCAAGGCCGUGUCCCCUGUGGCCAAAGAGAAUAAAGACUUCCCCCGUGCAGAGGAUGGCAGCAGUGGCAAAGCCACGCAGAAGAAGGGCCCGGAGGCGGAGGCGGGAAAGGCCAAAAAGGAGGGUGUGCUGGACACGCACACCCCAAACGGCACCGAGCCUCUGAAGGCCAAAGUCACCAACGGCUGUAAUAACCUGGGGAUCAUCACGGACCACUCAGCGGAGCCUUCCUUCAUCAACCCGCUCAGCGCGCUGCAGUCCAUCAUGAACACGCACUUGGGCAAGGUGUCCAAGCCCGUGAGCCCGUCGCUGGACCCGCUGGCCAUGCUGUACAAGAUCAGCAACAGCAUGCUGGACAAGCCGGUCUACCCCGCCGCCCCCAUCAAGCAGGCGGACGCCAUCGACCGCUACUACUACGACAACAGCGACCAGCCCAUCGACCUGACCAAGGCCAAAAGCAAGCCCCUGGUCUCCAGCGCGGCCGACCCCGUGGCGUCCCCUCUCCGGGAGAGUGCCCUCAUGGACAUCUCCGACAUGGUGAAGAACCUCACGGGCCGGCUGACCCCCAAGUCCUCCACGCCCUCCACCGUGUCCGAGAAGUCGGACGCCGACGGCAGCAGCUUCGAGGAAGCGCUGGACGAGCUGUCGCCCGUGCACAAGAGGAAGGGACGCCAGUCCCACUGGAACCCGCAGCACCUGCUGCUCCUGCAGGCACAGUUCGCCUCGAGCCUGCGGGAGACGCCGGAGGGUAAGUACAUCAUGUCGGACCUGGGCCCGCAGGAGCGCGUGCACAUCUCCAAGUUUACCGGGCUGUCCAUGACCACCAUCAGCCACUGGCUGGCCAACGUGAAGUAUCAGCUGAGGAGGACAGGGGGUACCAAGUUCCUGAAGAACCUGGACACAGGGCAUCCUGUUUUCUUUUGCAACGAUUGUGCCUCUCAGUUCAGAACUGCUUCUACGUACAUAAAUCACCUAGAAACACACUUGGGCUUCAGCUUGAAGGAUCUCUCCAAGCUGCCACUAAAUCAGAUUCAAGAACAGCAGAAUGUUUCAAAAGUCCUGGCAAACAAAGCUCUGGGCCCGGUCGGGGCUGCUGAGGACGAUGGGGGCUCCACAUUCCAAUGCAAGCUUUGCAACCGGACUUUUGCAAGCAAGCACGCAGUCAAACUGCACCUUAGUAAGACCCACGGCAAGUCCCCCGAGGACCACCUGAUCUACGUGACGGAGCUGGAGAAACAGUAGCGUCCAGGAGCGCGAGGGACCGCGGCACAUUGCACUACACGUCGUCUUUGGACUGCACUAGGCCUGGGCUGAGCCUCCGAAAUCAGCCUUCCCUUUGUUGCCGAGCUGGCUGUCUGGACCUUGGUUUUUUCUUACACAUAUUUUGUAGUUAUAUUUAUAUGCUCUUUGUCCGAUUGUGCAUGUUAUUUUUCUUUUUCCGUGAGUCAAAGUCUGACCUUUAUUUUCAACAUCUGUUCUUGAUGUUAAGCUAUCUUUUGUAGGAAAUAGUGGGCACACUACUCAGAGACAUGCAUUUAGCAGAGAAGAAAGACACAAAUAACAAUGAUAAAAAGACAUCCUAAAAUUACAAAGUUGCCAUGACAAUAAAGGUCAUAGAACCUGGUAGUGUCAAAUUUAACCCUUUGAGGACUGCAAUUGCAUUUCUGUGCCUUUCACUCAAAAAAAAAAAAAAAAAAGAAAGAAAAAAAGGCUUAAAGGCAUUUCAUUCAGAUCAAAAGCUGUGUCAGACACAAAACUUAUUUAAUAAUUAAAAAAAUGAGCUUUUAUAUGCAGAACUGGUUUGUGAAGGAAACAUGCAUGCAGCUGUUGGAAGAUAGAAAGUUGUCUAGGAGUCGUGGGGUUAGGAAGCCACAGCUUUACACAUUGAAAACGAAACAAAACAAAACAAAACAAAAAAACAAAAAAAACCCACCACCACCACCACUACCACCACCACCACCACCACCAAACACCCCAGUUGCCACUAUGCCCAAACCCUCUGGAUGCUGAAAAAAAAAUGCCACUUUCGGCAAAAAAAGUAUGCAAGCUAUUAUUUAAAAAUGUGUAAAAAUGCUAUUUCUUUUUUUUCCUGUAAAAUACUGCGGUUUAUAGUUAUUUACAAAUGUAAGCUUUGGUAUAAGCUGACCUUUCUAUAGCGUGCUGCAUUGGUAAAUGAAAAAAACAUGGGGCAAACGUUGGAGUCCUUUCCUUGUAAAUUGCCAGCAUCAGCUUCAAAACCCCUCUAUGUUACAUAUCCUACCAUUUUAAUCUAUUCAACUUUCUUUGUACCUUCUGGCUGUAUGCUUUCUCUUUUAACUUUUUAUAUUGUCAUUUUAUAUUAAAUUUCUGUGUAUAUAAUGUAAAACCACAAUUUUUGAAUAAAAUUUAGUUCCUGCAGCUUGAUUUAAAUAGAGAAGUUUUACUGGUACCUGCAUCGUUCCGGAUGCAUGUAUAUCAGACAAAAAUAAAUAAAUGGAAACAAAGAAAGCAAUGCACUAUUAAUUACACAUUUUGAUGUUCUAUCAUUAAUAUUGUACAGUACAUUUUGGUUCACACAAUUAAAUCCACUGUUUUCUCAAAUGUAAAAUAAACCCACAAGCAGUUCUUGAUUUA